AUGAACUGGCUGGAUCGCGAUGAUGAGGAGGACUUGGCUGCUUACCUGCACACGAUCGAUAAAAGAGGCCCGGCAGUGGCUGCGGGUGGUCGAGGUGGUGGGGCGCGGGGUGGGGCACCCGCGCAUCGACGCGGUGUGCCCGCCAAUUACGCCCAGAGUCGAGGUGUGCCUGCGACUUCGACGCGGAACCCUCAACCGGCGACCAAAGCUGCUGGCAAGGCCUCCGCCUCAAAGUGGCUGCGACGCACUGUCACAGCGGCAGAGCCGGAUCUUGCGGGCCUCGCAGGCCUACCGCGGCAAGCCUCGGCCAACCUGGCCCGUGAGCCAACGGCAUCAAACUUUGACCGCGACAACUCUUCGGUACACCUCACCUCCUCUCUCUCCGACGUGAGCGAUGCCAGCUCCCUAACGGGAUACUCACCAGCCGCACUUGCGCUCAUCAAGCUGCACCGACAGCAGUUGCAAGUGAUGCAAAGCUUUGUGGACAUGCAGAAACGCCUCGCAGAGGAUUUGCGCCUGGACCCCGGCCCACGCUCCCGAGCAGCGCCCGCCCCCGCUCGCUACACCACUUGGCAUGACACAGAAGCCUACCUUGCCAAGUUUGUAUCCCGUCCCGACCCCUCCUGA